UUUUUUUUAAUGUGGGAUAAUAUGGAAGACAGGAAUUAUCGUUCUGUGUUUGUUCCUUCUUGGAAACUCUUAUUUUGGGACAACGCUGUUUGAUGGGUGUAAAGAGUUAGAGUUGACAUAGCUAGUGUAAAAUGUACCUUACAUUUUUGGAACUACAACUAAUUGAUACAAAGUUCUUAAUGUUUUCCCAUGAAAAAUUACUUGUUAUAUUGAGCUUUGAGUAGACAGUUCGAUACCAUUGCGCUAAAAUCACAGUUAAAGCAUUUCUGUAUCAUAUGGAUAGUAUAUCAGUUGACUCCCAGUUUUUCAUCUUCUGCAUAGUGGCAUUAAAAUCCAAAUUAUGCUCUCCCUUCUCAGGUGUUGUUGUUGCAGUUUGUUUUAUGGUCACGGUGGGUUUAAUAUGCUGUUUUGUUCGACGACGCUCCAAUUUGAAAACCAGAAACAGAACAAAACGCCAACUUUGUGAAACAGGCAUCAGCAUUCCUCUCCAUCCCUACAAAGAAAUUGAGAAAGCCACCGAUUGCUUCUCAGAUAAACGAAGACUGGGAAGCGGGGCCUAUGGGACAGGGACUCCAGGAUAUCUUGACCCUCAGUAUCAUCAGAACUUCCAUCUGUCUGACAAGAGUGAUGUUUACAGUUUUGGGGUACUUCUAGUUGAGAUGAUAACAGCAUUAAAAGCAGUGGACUUUUCCCGACCCCCAAAUGAGAUAAAUUUGGCUAAUCUUGCCAUUGAUAAGAUAGGUAAGGGGUGUUUAGAGGAGAUAAUCGAUCCAUUACUUGAACCACACACGGAUGCUUGGACUCAAUCAUCAAUCCACAAAGUGGCUGAGCUUGCAUUUAGAUGCCUUGCAUUUCACAGGGACAUGAGGCCUACAAUGAUGGAAGUGGCAAUUGAAUUGGAACAAAUCAGGCUAUGUAGAUGGAUGUCUUCGGAAGAGACCAUCACUGCUUCAUCCGAGGCAUCCUCUUGCUCAUCGACUUCUAAUCUAAGCGAGAAACCACUAGGCCUGAAAGUUGAGAAGCCUGAACUGAAAAGAGGAGGUCUAUUUGACAGUGGGAAUUCAAUGGACAGUGUGAAGGACUACUCCCCAGUCUGUGUGCAGGACCUCUGGUCAAGUGAACAAAGCUCCCCAUCAUCCAACAGUUUGCUCAGUAAUGUAAUUGAGUGA